AUGAGCGCUAUGAGCCGCCGUAUGCAUAUCAUGAAGUGGGUCUACCAGUCCAUCACGCUUGGAGUUUGUGGCUGCUAUGUCGUACGUCGGUAUGGACCUGACUUCCGGGGAGCCUAUUUGCCUCAACUUGCUCUGACCGCCCACGCGACCACCAUCUCAACAGCAUCGCGAACAACUCUCACCCAAAGCUUCAAGAACACAGAGCAUAAGAAUUUGGACGAAGUCAAACAUUCCUUCCCCCUCCAAGAUGGUGUGAGCGUGGUGUGCUUUGAAUGUUCCACCUGGACCCGGAAUUUUCAAAGCAAAGUGAAAGCAAAAGAUCAGGCCAACAUUAUAUAUCCGGAUCAUUUUGCGGAAAACCAACCAGCAGCUACGAGAGACCCUAAUUCCGGUCGGAAUCAUGAUGGCAUCUUCCUCAUUCGCAUCGGUAAGGUUCCUGCACACAAAUCAAUCACCAUUAAGAUCACCUUCGUUGGCCAGCUAAAAUAA